AGCACGGAAGGAGAAUAGCCUCUGUGCGAGCUGCUGUGAAUUCUCCCGGGAGACAGAACUAGACAAGCGAAGCCUCACUCCUGGUACCGCUUGGUACUCAAGCUUCCUCAGACAUAAAAAUAACAACAACCAUGCACCGGAUAAUUUCCAAAUUUCGUGCUUUCUUUCAGAGGAAAGCAGACUCCGACUCCGAGGAAGAGAGAGAGGAGAAGCUCUUGGAAGGUGCUGGCAUGUUCCAAACAAUGAAGGGAGUUGCAACAGGGUCCUGCAGUGGCUAUGGUUACCCUAAUGAACACAUCCUCAAUGCUGGUGUCAUGGCGGACAAGGAACUUCUUAAGCAAAAAGGUCCCGAAGCUGUGGAAAUAGAUGAGAUCAUUCGCGGAUUGAAUGCAACCACAGUGGGUGCUUACUAUCGUGGCCAUGAUGAACCACCAGAACGUCACAUGACAGUUUCACUUGACUGUAUUAAGUCUCUAAUGGAUGGUGUUGAUCAUAUCAAUCACGAUCAAUCCUUCUCUCUCGACAUUGUCUGUAAAGAUUUUGAACCUUAUAAGGGUGACCUGGUAGAAAUUGAGUUUUCGGAACAGGGAGACCCACAGAGCAGAAAGGCCAUCUCGGUGAAGCCUCUGAAACACUAUCAUAUAAACGAGGUUUGCAUUACCAGAGCAGACGGACGAACUGGAGUGUUAGAAGACACCAUCUUUUUCACCUUGGAUUCUCUGAAACUUCCUUCUGGAUAUGUGCCUCAACGAGAUGAUAUUGUCAAUGUGGUUGCAGUACGGAGCAUUCAAUCCCCCUAUUUCUGGAGAGCAAUCACAAUGACCCCAGUACAAGUAUCAUAGGAAUAAAGCCUUUGCAUUUCUUCUCCACCAUUACUUCUAUGGCUGAGGGGCCUGGUUUAAUGCAAUAGUUUGAAUUACUAAGCCAAAAUAUAUGUUCAAUAUGUUUUUACUUGGAAACACCCUGAUGAUUUUGUUGGAAGUAUGGACUCACUUAGGAAGGUGCCUGAUCUAUUCAGAGACAUCCCCAAACUGGCUUUUGUCUGUAGCAAAGGCACAGCACUUCAUAUUAGGUCAAAUUCUUUGUUUUCCAUGGUCAGGAAUGUAUUGUGCUGCUAGUGGUCCUUGAACAACAUUCAGGGGGAGCUCUGCAAAUACAAGUGUGUAAUAGCUGAGUCCCCUUAUACUGUAUACAAUGUUUCCUUUUUCCAUAGCAUUUUUCAUUUCCCAGUACCUAUUCAGUUGUUAAAUUUAAUACCUAUGUAGUGGAACCCAUACGUCCAUGUUAGAACGUGAGCUUCGUAUAUACAGGGUUUGUGUUUAUCCACAGCUUCUCGGCUGUGCCUGAUAGUUGAGGCAGAUGGCAUCUUGCUAGCUUUAAUAACCGAGUUAUCUAAGCAACAGUCCUGUUUACCUGUGGUUAAUUUGCCCUUCAGUCUCCGGGAAUGAAAUGUUCUGUAUGUUAUCAGCUGUUUAGUUGCUGGGCAUUUGGAAACAAAAACAUUGCCGUAUGGGGUGUGAAUCAGCUUCCACGCUCUUCUUUGUGGGAGAGGUGAAGCUUGUGUCCAGAAAAGCACUGGAACAAAUCCGAAGCACCAUGAAGGACGGGGACACGGCCUUCUCAAGCUGGAGGCUGUUACUAAGAUCCCAUGGGUUUACCCCAUGAGAUUCCUCCAUUUUUCUUAACAGCAUGUACCCAGAUGACUGUACUUUUGUGAGGAAAGAAAAACCUUACACAGCAUCUUCACACACAGGCAGGACCCUCAGGAGACAUAAUCUUCAAGUAACAGACUUAUGUGUGCCAAAGUCUUUCACCUGGAGAAGAGGCGGUUGUGGAGAGCUAUGGCAGUACCAUGUGAGGAGCGCUUAGUGCUUUUUGACUUCGAUGAUGAAGAUGACCUGAAUGUUUCCCAGAACUCUUUAUCUGAAGAAAAGAGUCUAUUCUUUGACAAAGAUGAGAAGAAAUGUCCUCCUGCAGCUGAUGAAGAGAAGAAAUGCCCUCCUGAAGAAGUGGAUGAAGAUAUGGGACAUGAAAUGCGCAAUGUGUUGGAUAAACUUAGAGAUAAUAUUACUAAUUCUCUUCUUGAAAAGAGAAGAAGAACGCAAAUGUACUCAGAAAAUGUUUCCAAAAAGACUAACUACAAAAUGAAACAAGCUUGGAAAAACAAACAACAGCAAAUGCUGAAAGCUGACAAUGAACAUUACCAGCAGUUUAUGGAUCUGUUUAAGCAGUGGGAGUUGGAGAAGCAGAACUAUGAAAAUCAACAAAAACACUUAAUUAAUAUUUUACAACAACAGAAAAGGAUGCUAAGACAGUGUAAAAUUAAACAAAGCCAGAAAAUGAAACUAAUUAUGCAGAUGUAUACACAAUACGUGCAGCACAUGAAGGAUAAGGAUAAUAAUACACUUACUGCUUCAUUCAUUGAACUUAAAGAAGAGAUGGCUGAGUAUCAAAGGAAAUAUAUGAUGGAAACUCAGAAGCAAGAUAUUGCAAAUAUUCGGAAGUCUCUUCAAUCUAUACUAUUUUCAUGAUUCUUUGAAGACAACUUGAACCUGUGUAAAACAAUAUAAUUUUAAUGUUAGAUAAAAAGCAUGUUUUUAUGGUGGAAAUCCAGGUUUAAAUUUAAAUGAAAACAGGCAAAUGACUAACACCUAUCCUUAUAUAUGAAGGUUUUCACUCUUCUUGUUAAGUAGUGAGAUUUUUCUCUCCAAAAAUGUGAAUUAACUUUUGUGAAUAAAGAUUAGUUUUUUUCUUUUGGCAUUAGCAUAUUGCUUUAUUUUAAUUUUGAGACAUGAUCUCCCCAUGUGACCCAGACUAUUCUCCCAUUUCUGGGCUCAAGUGAUUCUCACACCUUAACCUUCAAAAUACCUGUGAUUUUUAAUUUUUUUUGGCUUGUUACUAGCCAGUUUUUAUUAAUUAAUUAAUUAUUUAUUUUUUUAUUAAAAAUUCCCGCCUCCCAUUUCCCUCCCCCUCCCCCCACACCUCUCCUCCUUCCUCUCCAGUCCAAAAGAUCAGUCAGGGUUCCCUGCCCUGUGGGAAGUCCAAGGUCCUCCCACCUCCAUCCAGGUCUAGGAAGGUGAGCAUCCAAACAGGCUAGGUUUCCACAAAGCCAGUACGUGCAGUAGGAUCAAAAUCAAGUGCCAUUGUCCUUGGCUUCUCAGCAGCCCUCAUUGUUCGCCAUAUUCAGAGAGUCCGGUUUUAUCCCAUGGUUUUUCAGUCGGAGUCCAGCUGGCCUUGGUGAGCUCACAAUAGAUCAGCCCCACUGUCUCCGUGGGUGGGUGCACCCCUCGUGGUCCUGACUUCUUUGCACAUAUUUUCCCUCCUUCUGCUCCUCCUUGGGACAUUGGGAGCUCAGUCCGGUGCUCCAAUGUGGGUCUCUGUCUGUAUCUCCAUCCAUCGCCAGAUGAAGGUUCUAUGGUAAUGUGCAAGAUAUUCAUCAGUAUGGCUAUAGGAUAGGGCCAUUUCAGGUCUUCUGUCCUCAGCUGCCCCAGGAACUAACUGGGGACAUCGCCCUGGGUACCUGGGAGCCCCUAUAGAGUCAGGUCUCUUGACAACCCUAAGAUGACUCCCUUAAUUAAGAUUUAUACUUCCCUGCUCCCAUAUGGGAUGGUUGGGAUAAAGGAAGAGUGGAUAUGGGAGCAGGGAAGUGAUUUUUAAUUUUUAAUUUUCUAAGAUAUGUAUAGUUCUUAUGUUUGUACAUAUGAAUAGUACUUAUCUCAAAAUUGAAAAUGUUUAUUGAAUCUUUAUAAAAAGCAGCAGCAAAAGAUUGGAAAUUCUCAAUAGCUUUUUAAAUAUUUAUUAUUGUACUGUCCAAAUAAAAUAUAAAAAGGCAUGUGCCUGGCAGCAUUCCUCUGUAGCAAGGUUUCAACUCUUUUAUUGUAAUAGUGAAUUUAUUUCUCUAACACUGUCAAAUAAUUUUAUUGUCAGUAAAGAUUAUUUAAAUUUAAGUUUUGUCUUCAGCAUAUUU